AUGGGUCCCAAGACCAAAAAGUUUGAGAACCGCUGUUCUACCCUUUCCAUUUCCUGUGUUGUGGUGGCUGCGGUGGUGGCUGUGGCGGUGGCUGCGGUGGUGGCUGCGGUGGUGGCUGUGGCAGCUGCAACAGCUGCAGAUGCUACCGGGUGGGCUGCUGCAGCAGCUGCUGCCCCUGCUGCUGCGGCUGCUGUGGGGGCUGCUGCAGCGUCCCCGUGGUCUGCUGCCACCGCCGCACCUGCAGCUGCCACUCGUGUGGCUGUGGCGAGCCGCUUAUCAGCCGAUUAUGUGUGUUUAUCAGCCCAGCCCCCUCUGAUGCUGCCCCCUAAUGACUCUUUUCCUGGGGUCUCUCGGUGCUCAGACUCGCCCAAGGCUUUUCCAGGGUGGGAACUGGUGGUGGUGGUGGUGGUGGUGGUGGUGGUGGUGAUUUUUAUCAGUUCUACUCCCAUGAUGUCACUGACACCAGUGACUGUCCAGCUUGAACUUCAGCUUCGCUGGUCUGGAGGUGCUGAUGUGUCUGAGUCCCCUCUACUGACACCAUGGGCUGCUGUGGUUGUGGAAGUUGUGGUGGCUGUGGUGGUGGCUGCAGCGGUGGCUGCGGUGGUGGCUGCGGCGGUGGCUGCGGUGGUGGCUGCAGCAGCUGCAACAGCUGCAGAUGCUACCGGGUGGGCUGCUGCAGCAGCUGCUGCCCCUGCUGCUGUGGCUGCUGUGGGGGCUGCUGCAGCGUCCCCGUGGUCUGCUGCCACCGCCGCACCUGCAGCUGCCACUCAUGUGGGAAGGGCUGUUGCCAGCAGAAAUGCUGCUGCCAGCAGAAGUGCAGCUGCCAGAAGCAAUGCUGCCACUAGGUGA